UCAGCUAGGAAAGGCUAGAGGGUUCUAGGCUCAGAUAUAGAAAGCUAGAGGGCACUGAGCUCAGCUACAGUGGAGCUAGAGGGUACUAAGCUCAGCUAGGGGCGGGCUAGAGACUCCUGGGGUGAAAUGCUGGAGGUCUAGAGACUCCCGGGCUCAAAUACAGAAGGCUAAAGGAUACCGAGGUCAGCUGCGGGGGUUCGUAGCUUGGUAUAUGGAAAUACCAAACACCCUUCCACCUCGAUAUCUCGCCAAUUCUCCCCGAAAAUUCUCCCCUGCGUCCCAACUUGUAAAAAUUGUAAUUCCCGCGUCGACGACACUCCCUUCCGCACGCGCGACGUUUCAUCGAUCGCGCCGCCAGGUGGUACGACGGUCCGUCGUCGCGACCCGGCCAGGUGAUACGGAGAUCACCGAAAGCGCGUUCCCUUUCGUCGUACGUCCGCGAAACGUUCGUCUAUAAAUAAAUAGUAUGUCCGGACCGUCACGUCCCGCGGCCAGAGGGCACGUAAGAGUCGCCUAGAAGCCGCUGCAGCGGGCUGCACCCGCGGAGAAACCGACUCUCUUUCUCCCUCCCGUCCGUUCUCUCUCCCCCUUUCCAUUUCACCGGAGGUCGCGGCGACCUCGGCGACGAGUAACGCGACGUGCGUCGACGUGUCGUUCCCGCGUUGAAAAAUCGACCAAGUAAUACGCGCGAGAGGAACGCGCGACGACACUGGAGGAGGAAAGGGCGCAGAGGCUGGUGACUAGCCGCCGUCAGGUAGGAGACUGGAGGUGGAGUGGAAUCUAGAGGGGGGUGGGGAUGGAGCCGGAGCAACGAGGACGCGCCUCGCGAGCCUCGUCGACGUCGAGCCUCGGACGCGAGGUACGCUGCGGCUGUCAGUACUACCAGAGCGACUCGCUUCUGCCGGAACGACGCGCUCUCGUCGGUAGACCGCCGUCCAGGACGAUGCAGCAGCCACCUGCGGUCCGCUGCAGUGCUACUAUGAGCGAGCACGAGUACGAACCGAUCGCGGCGCCGUCGCCAUCGCCGAAACCGGCGUACCCUCCGGUGGUGAGGAUCACCGAAACGGACGUGGUGGCCGUCGCUGACAGCGACGACAGCAUCGACGACCGAGCGAGGUUGCCGCCGGAGCUGACACGGGCUGGCGAUGUCGUGCUGCCUUUGGAUGGCAAGAUCGAGGACAACGCGAUGGAGGGUCGCGAGAUGGGCGAGACUGGCGACACCUCCGAGGAGCAGGAGACGCCACAGCAGCUCCAGGACCGUCUGGAGGACCGCUACCUGAGCGCUCCCACGCCUGGCGGCGAGUCCAGGACCGACUGCGAGGUCAACACUAGCCAGGUAGACUCGCUGGCAUUGGAGGAGCUGCCGCUGCGUCGCGGUGCCCGCGGUUUGCCCCAGCGCCUGAAGACCCAAGCGGGCAAGUUGCGUACCCGGCUGAAAAACAUUCAGCGGCCGACGUUCGCGUUCGCCGACCGUCAGAAGUCCGACAAGCCGCGAUCGACGAGCAGCGCGCGCUCGGACAGAUCCAGGCCCGAGAAGAGACCCAGUAGAAUGGACCGCAUCAGGUCGUCGUUCUCCGAGAGAGCGCGAUUCAAUCGACCCAGGUUCUCGUUGCCGGAUCGAACGGCGUUUCACCUUCCCGAAAGACCCAGGUUCAACCUAAAGAAACCGAACAUACGUCUGCCUAACGCUCUGACGCGCGUCAAGAAGUCGCCGGCGACGAACGAGCAACGCUCGACGGAGUCCACGGUCGGCUCGCGAAGGAACAUCUUCGACUUCUCCACCUACCCGCGCAUAUUCGACAAGAAGCCGAAGAGCAGAGGGGAGUACGCGACCUCGACGCCCAAAGAUUCGAGGGCCCAGUCGGCAGAGAGCGCCACGUUUCCCCGAACCCGCAAAGGGCCACCCGCGGGCGACAGGUGGGCCCAGAGGUUCGAGGAGACCACGGCGUACAUCGACGAGGAUCGCUCCGACCCGGAGACCGCCGUCGAGAGGGCGCGACCCUGGCGUCGCCCUUCGUUGGAGGCCCCAAGGUUAUCCAUAGGGAUGCCGGACGAGGCGCUGGCAAGUCUGCCGUGGGAGGAGAAGCGACGACUGGAGCAGCUGCGGUACUCGGAGUACGAGCACGAGAGCACGGAGACGUCCGAGCAUCAGGGCCUGCCGCGAUCCGAGGCUUCCAGGACAGAGGAAGAGGUGUCCGAGAGGGACGGAAUGGAGCUGGAACCGAGAAUCUACGAUCUGGACGUGAAGGAGGACAUGGCCCAGUCGGAAGGCGGAGAGGAGGACUGGUCGACGGUAAAGAAGAUGGCCCAGGAGGACUUCAGGCCCGUGCUGCGAUCGAAGUCGUUGGAGGAGGUGCUGCACGCGAGAGAGGAAGAGCAAUACGGAAGCAACUUCCCUAUGGUCGAUCCGAGAAGGUACGGGGUGCACAAGACCCCGUCGGAGGAGGAGGAGGAGGAGUACGACGAGGAAAUGGACGAGGACGAGGAAAACGAGCCCUCGUCCGCUCAGUCCGAGAGGGAGCAGCAGCCUUCGAGCGGUAGCUCCUGCGAUCGACGACGCCGCGGGGUCAUAGAGGAGAUCGAUUCCGACGAGUUCUUUCUGCGAGAGGGCGGGCUCAGUCAGGGCGAUACCAACCUCGGGAAGUAUCUCUCCCACGAAAUCAGGGAUGCUUUACGAGCGGACGCUAUCAAUGCCCUGGCCGACGACGAUAUGAUCCCCAUCCCUCCUCAACGUCCUACGCGAAGAAGAACGUCGCGAAAACAGCAACAGCAGGACUCGUUCGAGUCCUAUGACGCGAUGCCGCCUGUCAGGCCCAACCGGUCCCGACGCAGCGAAUCCGCGGACGAGCAGUUCCGCGAGCGCACCAGAAGCGAUUCGAGACACCGAAUCGUGUACCAAGCUGAGGGGGUUCUGGAACGGGGCACGCCCGAACCUCUGGACGACAUCGUGGUGGUGAAGCCGAUACGCAGGAAAUCGAAAUCCUCUCUGCGCAGUCGGUCCCAAGUGCCCUCGGAACCCCCUCGUCCACCCUCUCCGACCCCGCCGCCGCCAGUUGUACCCACUCGUCGGAAACGUCUGCGCAAAGAGACGCCCGCGGAACGCAGAAACGGCGAAAUUGGGCCCAUGUGCAACGGACACACGGAAUGGACCGGAGCCGACGCCGCUCCCGAGAAACCUCUGCCGUUGCCUCCCGCGACGAUCGUCCCGCUGCAGGACGAACGGGCGGCGUACACGGUCGAAGGUCUGACGAUGGCCGACAGCGAGGAGGACAUCAGGAAGCUGGUCACCCGUCUCCGGGACGAGGAAAACGUAGAACCCGUCCCCGUCCCGCCGAAACGACGAUCAAGAUCCAGAGGGACAUCCGUGGCCCAGGACGAGGACCGCACGUCCCACGGAGCCGAAUCGCUGCCGGAAGCUGGCUACGUGGAGGAGGACAUUCCUCCCGACGAGAUGGACUUUGGCAGAGAUUUAUCGGGUUACGCCAUCAUCGACAAGCGCGAGAAACCGCCCAGACCGCCGCCUCCGCGACGAAAGAGGGACAAAUUCGCGACCACGCCACGACCGCUCCCGCCAAAACGACCCCAACGGGCCUACAGCACCCUAGGUCCGGGGAAGACCAGGGACGUCGAGGUCCUGUCCGAGGCGUUCGUGACAGCUAUGGAACCGGUCGAAUCUACAGCGUACAUCGAGGUGGACUCCGACGACGGAGAGCAAAAGAAUCUGCGUAGCACGGAAGUCCUCAGCAAGAUGCAAGGACGGCCGUUGCCGGCCCCACCGAGACCGCCAAGGUUAAGGAAGGAUCACUCGUUGGAAAGGUCUGCUCCCAUCACGCAGGAGUUCUCCGCGGAAACUACCACCGCGACCCAGACGGACCCGCUACCCGAUGACAUGGUCAUCGAGGAGGAGAUCACCCAGGCUAAACUGGUCGUGGCCCCGUCCAGGUCCGGCUCGCAGAUCAUGGUCUCCACCGAGAGAAUACCCAGCCCGUCGAGCAUGCCCACGCCGCCCGUUCCGCCGUUGCCUGUGUCGCAACGGCUGCGCAAGGAGGAACAGACGGAACCCUCGUACGACACCGUAUCCUUGACGGACCCAUCGCCCGCUCGCGAGCGCGAAUCCAUGGAAGACAGACACCUGUCCGCGCCCCAUUUAGACCCGACUCCCGAGGAACCCCGCACGCGCGCCUUGCACUCCGCUGUAUCGCCCGACGAACCUGUAAGAAUCAGCAACCUCGAGGUAGGCGACCUCAGGGUGGACCGGUUAAGCGUGUCGCAGAUAGAGGCGAGCAAGAUCGUCGCGUCCGAGGUGGACGCAUUGCUGAUCACCGCGUCCGAGCUGAAGAGCUUGGGCGCUACGGUGGAAGACAGCUUCUCACCGUCCAUCAUCAAAGAGCUGAUGGCCAUCAGGAGCCAUCUGGAGACCGUGGCCGCGUCUCGAGCACGGGAGAGCCAAACGAGGGCGAUCGAGACGGAGACGAAGACAGACAUUCCCGUUACAGAGAGCCGAACCGUCGAACAGGAGCCACGGGACCGGCAGACGGCCGUGGACGACGAGAAAGCGAUGUCGAACGAGGACCAAAAGGUUGUUAAAAGAGAAGUAACCGAGACGAGGGACAGGGGAACACCCGUAACACAUACAUUAGCCGUUGCACAAGUAGACGUCACGGAAAUGCCGUUAACACGUACACUGUCAAUCUCUCGAGUAGUUACCGACGAUAGAGAUAUCCCAUCCAUACAUUCACCCCAAGCCGUUGAAAGCCACGAAGAUAAGCCGUUGCGCAUUUCUGAUUCAGAAACCCCCCAUUCUUUGAGCUCGGGCACCGCUAUGGAGCUCGAGGUGGAAGUAUCGCGCGCGUCCCUUCCCCCAUCCGUAACGACAGGAGAGACCACGGAGUCGAGACUGUCCCCGGCGCCUACCAGCAGGCAACCACCGACGACCAAACCGACCCACACGGCCGAAUUCUCGACGCCGCCGACAGAAUACAGAGAGGAAUCACCCGAGCAUAAGUCUCGAAAGUCGCGAUCCAGAUCGCCGUCGCCUAUAAGUAUCUCGCGAACGCGGGAAACCGCGUCGCCCAUAAGAUCGUUGCCGCCCGCGAUAUCCGUCACACCGGACACACCGGACGUCCCAAGCCACGGCAUCACCAGCGAGAUGCAACCGCAACGUGCCGUUAUCUCGUACACCUCUCACGCGGACCAAUCCGACAGAGAUAGUCAAAGGGAGCUGUCCCAAUCGCCCAUACCCUCGUUUCCCAUAACUGGUACUCAUCUGAUUGCGUUUCCAGCCUCGCAGGUUCCCGCCCAGUUCCUCGCCCUAACCUCUCAGACGAGCCAACGCGUCGACAGCGAUCCAAGUAUAGCGGACAGCACGAGACAAUUGAUAAGAAUCCUACGAUUAACCGGCAUAAAAGCCAUGAGGCAUUUUAUAGGGUACAUGUCGACCAUGACCAGCGGCGAACCCACGACGGAGAAGAUCAGGCAGGUGGAGUUGACGUUGUGCGCUUUGCUGCUUCUGAUCGCCGGUCUUUUGAUAUUUUUCUUCGGUGGCACGCGAACGGUGACCCAUCAUCAUCACUGGGAUUACUUUAAUCCUCCCAAAUAACGCACAACGCCAGCACAAUCCCGGAAAUAUUUUGUAACGACGAGUGCUAAGUAUCGCCGUACUUUGCGUCGUUUUACGGUAAUUCUAUUUCCUCUUUAAAAGUAACGGAAACGUACCUAACAGGGCCCUGUUCAGGGGCAUUUUUACAGGGACUAGAUUAUCGUAGCGCGGGUACACCUUGGGCAGGGGCGUCAUUGGGAGGCAACGGCUUGAUUUGCUAUAUCAGAGCCAGCCCUAAUCUGAGAAUACGGAGACACGGACAUCGAAGAUUCCGACGAGAGUUUCGCCACUGUUCAACUACUCUGUACAGUUAGUCGAAAAAACGUCUCCGUACAAUUUAUUUAGCCUUGUAUAAUUUUAAUAGAGAUGGUUCUCCAUUAAUCACGGAACUUACAAACGUGUACGGUUAAACAAAGAAGUGCUAGUAAAAGUCCAGUAGAUAUUACUUAAAAAUUUUAUUACGUAACUACUCCUUAAUCUCGUUUACAUACUUAUACAAUUCAAGUUGCACAACACAUUGGAGUAUUAAAAGUACACGUUCGCGUGCGGAGACUCUUUCGGCUGACUGUAUAUUUAUUUAAAUUGAUUAUUCUUAUAAAUGAAUUUUAUAUAUCAAGAUCGAAUUUCUAGCAGAAUGAGAUACAUGGAAUCGAUGCAGGAUGGAAUAGACCUAACGCGUUGCGAUAGCGUAUAAUAAUAAAUAAGAACUCGAAUUAACGAAUACAGUCAAUUGUUGAAUAUCACGGAGAUACUAAUUAUACAAAAUUAACGACAAGUCAAACAACGACGAAUUUCAUUGCUUGAAAAUUCAUACCAAUGCUAUAUACGGCGAUGAGUGACUGAUGAUACUUGUAAGAAAAUGAUACUUGAACAUAAUUUGUUACGAAAACACUUGUACUUAACGAAUAAGUGCUGAAUAUGUAUAGAAACAAUACAUGUUAAUUACAUAUAUCUAUUACUGAAA